UGUAUUCAAAUUAUUAAUACCGUGAGUCGGUAUCCAACUCCUUUCUUCACAGCCACCUUAUAAACAUUCCAAUGUGAAAAUUGAAAUUCAAACUUAAGCAGAACUAAAAAUCAAUUCUGAUGAGCCUACUAACAGGAUGGUCACCCAUUGUUACUAUCUUAUGUGAGAACCGUUCGAAAAUCAAAUUAAUAAUAAGGCGCGUUACCUUCUCAAAAGUCUCAUCUACUUUGCUGCACACAUUCGUAUAAUUCUAUUAAACGAAACAGAAGGCUGCAAUUGACUUAACCGUUUGCCUUAACGGAAAAAAUUUAAUCAAAAAUGCCAAUUGGAAAUAUUAUCAAAAAGGCAUCCAACUUUAUUCUCGGUGAAGAGAGGUCUGAUGAAAAAAUCGAUAUCGCUUACGAAGACAACGAAAUACUUUUUUGCAAGAACAAUGUUUGUAUUCAUCCACCGACUGUGGCUCGCCAGGAAUCCGAUAUCCUACACUAUCCCGGCUACUUGACAUGCACCACGAAAACCUUUAUAGAUCAGUACAACAGCGCCAAAAGACCAACCCUCCUACUCACAUGGAUACCGAACACCUCACUCUGCAAGUGCAAUUCGACCACCACCGACGGGGAGGCUAUACACCAUCGGAAUCAUGAUAUGCUACCAACCAAUGGACAUUUCUCGCCCACAUCCCAAGUGGCGGUGCCCGCGCCCCGGAUCAUCGAUGAGACGGAACAUGAAAUGGGCACGCGAGCCGACGAUGAAAACGCGGCUGAAAUGCAGGAAUUGAAAAACGAGUUGCAGCCGCUGCUGGGCGGACAAACUGCAUCCAUUGGCGAUUUGGCUGCUCUGCUCAAAAAGAACCCCAUUACAUCCGUAAACAUAACCAUUUCCAAUCCACAGAUCGAGAACAGCAACAUCUCCCAAUCGUACAACUGUAUUAUUGCCUCGCCCGACAGUGAGGGCAGCCAUGCUGCUGUAGAUGGCCGAGCAAAUCUGCCUACACAUCAGCUAAACUCGGAUGGGUCCGUGUCCGAUGAUAAUAAUCCAAACUGGAUGACCCCAGAGCUGCUGGCCUUCAAGCAUAACCUGGUGUUCCCGGAGAGUGCCAACGCCACGCCGACUGUGCGCCGUAAAGCAGUAAUCAGAGGACGUCGCUUUUCCGUCGAUCUUAGCCAAAUGCGCUCCUUGCGUCUCUUCUUCAACGAUGAUAAGUGCACGUCCGGUCAGCUGGUGAUAGCUUCGCGCGAAUCACAAUACAAGAUACUACAUUUCCAUUACGGUGGCUUGGAUCACUUGGCUCAGGUGCUGCACCAGUGGCACUGUUUUCUACACAAUAUUACCUUAGCUCCUGGCCAGGAGAAGAUGAACUUGCCGUAUCGACACUUUAUGGUCUGUCGCCCCGAAGUCAAACAGUCCGAGAUGCAUCCCGAUGAGGGCAAUGUGAAAAGAAUCACCACAAACUUCUUCUAUGGCACGCUGUUAAACGAGAAGGGCCAAAUUGAUGAUGAUUUGUUGCUGCGCAAGUGCGUCUUUUUCGGUGGCCUGGAAAAGAGUCUGCGCAAAACCGUUUGGCCUUUCAUCUUGAAGUGCUAUUCGUUCUCAUCAACAUUCGAGGACAGGGCCGUGCUGAUGGACAUCAAGCGGCAGGAGUACGAUGAAAUAACACGCAAGCGUUUGUACUCCAUGUCGCCGGAGCAGCAGGUGCAAUUCUGGAGGACUGUGCAGUGCGUUGUCGAGAAGGACGUUGUUCGCACCGAUCGUACAAAUCCCUUUUUCUGCGGUGACGACAAUCCCAACACCGAGAUGAUGAAAAACAUUUUGCUAAACUUUGCCAUUUACAACACGAGCAUAUCCUACUCGCAGGGCAUGAGUGAUCUACUAGCACCCGUGUUGUGUGAAGUGCAAAACGAAUCGGAAACAUUCUGGUGUUUUGUGGGCUUAAUGCAACGGGCGUUUUUUGUUUGCACGCCCACGGAUAACGAUGUAGACCACAAUUUGAGCUACCUGCGUGAGUUGAUAAGACUCAUGUUGCCGCGUUUUUACGAGCACUUGGAACGACACAACGAAGCCAUGGAGCUACUGUUCUGUCAUCGUUGGCUUUUGCUAUGCUUUAAGCGGGAAUUCACCGAGGCCGUGGUCAUACGCAUGUGGGAGGCUUGCUGGUCAAACUAUCUCACAGACUACUUUCAUUUGUUCCUCUGCCUGGCCAUAAUUGCUGUCUAUGCGGAUGAUGUUAUUGCUCAGAACUUGCGUGCCGACGAGAUGCUGCUGCACUUCAGCUCACUGGCCAUGUACAUGGAUGGCCAACUGAUUUUGCGUAAGGCACGCGGCUUGCUGUAUCAGUAUCGACAGCUACCAAAGAUUCCAUGCACAUUAAGUGGUCUGUGCAAGCGCUGUGGUCCUGGCAUGUGGGACUCGGAGCAUCGACCUGCCUUGGAAUGCGUGGGGCAUACGGAUAACGAGAAGUGCUCUUUGGGUAUUGAUUAAUUUAUGUGGCUUCUACUGUUGUAUAUCGAGUUACUCUUACUUAUUUAUACUAUAUUACAAUUAUGUGUUAUAAUGAAAGCUUUUAAGCGAGUGCUUCUAAAUAUACUAAAUAAUAUAUGCCUA